CAUGGCAAAUUUAUUUGUCAGCCGGUCCCGGCUGGUGUAAAAGAAAAUUUAAAUUUUUAUAAAUUAAAAUCUCUUUUCUGGGUCGAUAUCUUUUCGGUAAUUUUUCCCCUUGGUCUCUUCUCGCAUGCCGUUAUAAAGUUUCCAAGUUUAACUAUAAAUAACCUCGUAAAACUGCGACUUAAGGCGAUCCUACUCUAAAACAGGGUGUAAGAAAUAUGUUUUAUAAGUAAUUUAUAGUCAAAUUUGGGCUCAGCAAUAUGUUGCCCCUGUCCCACAAGGAUACCUAUCCCCGAGGGUUCGGUUCUAGAAUAAAAGAAAAAUUAAAUGGCUACAUAAGGAUCAUAUUCUCAGACCGAAACUCUAGAAAUCUGUUUCUGUUCCUUCUGUUGAACUUCUCAUUUGCCUUUGUGGAGCUGCUUUAUGGGGUAUGGAGUAAUAGUUUAGGUUUAAUAUCUGACUCCUUCCAUAUGUUCUUUGACUGCACAGGCCUAAUAGCUGGACUUGUAGCAUCAGUAAUUACAAAAUGGAAAGCCAAUGACAAGUAUUCUUAUGGUUAUGUAAGGGCAGAGAUCUUGGCCGGCUUUGUAAAUGGUCUUUUUUUACUUUUUAUUUCAUUUUUCCUUAUGUCUGAAGCUGUGGAGAGGCUCAUUGAACCUCCAGAGGUAAAACAUGAAAGGCUGUUCGUUGUCUCAGUACUGGGGCUCAUAGUGAACUUGGUAGGAAUCUAUGCCUUUCAACAUGGGCAUGGUCAUUCUCAUGGUGGAGGCUCCUCACAUGGGCACUCCCAUGGAGGUCAUGGACAUGGACACAGUCACAAUAACCAUUCUCACGAUUUUAAUAUUGACAUAGAUGCAGGUGGUGGGAACUCUCAGAUCAUGAAAGGAGUUUACUUGCACAUUUUGGCAGAUACUUUAGGAAGUGUAGGGGUAAUAAUAUCCGCAGUCCUCAUGCAAAUGUUCGGCUGGAUGAUCGCAGACCCCAUCUGCUCGAUGUUUAUAGCGAUCCUCAUAGCGCUCAGCGUUCUGGCAUUAAUAAAAGACUCUGUCGCCAUUUUAAUGCAGCGUCAACCCUUCAGCCUGGACAACGUCCUGCCUCAGUGUUACCAAAAAGUAAUUAGUUUACCGGGGGUUUAUUCGGUGCAGGAGCCCCAUUUCUGGACCCUGUGCAGUGAAGUGUACGUCGGUGCAAUCAAAUUGGAAGUGUCGAAAAACGUCGAUCCGAAAUACGUAGUGCAACAUACUCAAAUGAUUUUUGCAUCGGUAGGCGUGAAACAGCUGUACGUGCAGCUCGAUUAUACCCCCAUGUGAUGGUGGUAGUUUUAGUGCAAAUUUUAAAUCAACAAUUUUUUUUUAUUGGCGACUGUAUACAUCGCCUCAAGAUUGCGUUUUUACGCCACGAGUGAUAUGUAAACGGCGAUAUCCCGUUCGGUAUUGUCGUUUUUUUUUGUUGCUUUCCGACUUCUUUGAAUUGCAAAUACCUUGGCAUGUGCAUGUAUUGAAACAAAAAUAAGUAGACUUUUUCCUGUUGGAAAGAUUCUUUUUAACGAAGUUUCUAGUAAUAGAAAUUACAUUUAUUAUAUAUGGCUUCCAGUUGAUUUUUUUUGUGUUGAUUGCUAGGGACGAUUGCCACCUUGUAUAAAAACGUUUUUCUACUUUUUAAAUGAAUAAGUCUAAAUGAUGUUUGUAAUAUUGUAUAAGCUGAUUUAAUUGGGGAAAUAUAGUAUAUUUAUUUUAAA